CAACAAGAAGCAACAAAAACAAACACCUGAUAGAAUUGUUUUUUCUUCCCCUGUACGUGUGUGUUAAUGUGUCGCCGACGACGACGGAGCGCGAGGGGGGAGAUAAACAUCGGAUUUUUCUCCACGGGGACCGUGGCCAGCAGCAACUUCCAGCGUUAUUUAGAACCCGAGGCGGCAUCGCAACACUAAAGCGGCCAACGAAUCCACACACCUCCGAAUUUUUCCCUGUGUUUCGUACGGUUCUGUCUCGCUAGGAUAGAUUUUCACAACCCCUCAACAUCGCUCAUUUUCCGACACCUACCCCCCCUCCGUCCGUGCAGAUGUGUUUCUUUAGCAAGCCAUGAGUUCAGUACAUGCAAAAAUAGAAAACAUUUGCAGGCUCUGUUUGUCCGGCGAUGACACUUUGGAGUCUAUUUUUGGUGAUAGUGGAAGCGAUGCGCUUCAGACGAUAAUCUACGACUGCACAUCGAUUAGGAUACUACCAAAGCUGGGCCUUCCGUCGGCGAUUUGUGGUGAUUGCAAAUCGAAGGUCGAAAACUUCCAUCAGUUCCGCGAGCGGUGCCUACACAACGAUGAGUACCUGCGCACGACGCUACUGCUGGUGGCCGCCGCACACACGCAACCAGACGAAGCGGACGAAGAUACGUACGGCGAAGAGAACGACAACGACGACGACGAUGAGCAAGAGGAGGAGGAGGAGGAGGACGUGAGCAUCAAGCUCGAGCCGGAGGUGCUGCUGGACGAGCAGAGCGAUAUCGAUCCCAAGGAGGCGGACGAAAAGGGUGACGAGGGCGACGAGCGGAUGCUCGUCGACCGAAACGACAACAAAAUCGAACGGUUCGCACCGAACGAGCCGGACGGACCGGACGAGUGGGAUGAGGCCGGCUCAAACGAUCUCGAUUCAGUCGGCAACUCGUCGCUGGAAUCGUUCCACUUCCCGUACCUGUCGCCCGAUCCGGCGGUGUACGGGUCGCUGCUGAAGUGCGAGUACUGCUCGCUGGAGUUUUCCGUGCUCGAGCAGCUGAAGCGCCACAUCACCAGCCACAAGGAGGAGCGAAUCUUCCAGUGCCACUACUGCCCGAAAACGUUUCACUUUGCGAAGAACCUUAACAUGCACGUGGAGUACAUCCACUCGAAGGCGAAGUACACGCCGACGCAGGUGGCCAAAAUGAUUGCCCGCCAGCAGAUUCUAGUCCAUAGCAGUAGCAGUAACAAUAGCAGCGUGAGCCACAGCACGACCGGUGGGUUGAGCCCGCUCUCCUCGCCGCUGCUCGAUACGAGCGACUGUCUCAACAAUAACACGAUCGUGCCGCCGCCAGGCAGCGAUGGCGGAUGUGGGUUAAGCCUUAACAUCAAUCUGAACGGAAACACACCACCGUCCGGCACGAACGGUGCGGCACAGUCGUCGGUGCUGGGGCGCAACUUGAAACCGAUUCGUUUGCCCUCAUCGGCUGAAGGGCGGCGCGGAUCGUCCGUCGCGUCCGCCGAUCGACAGCAACAGCAGCAGCUGCAGCAUGAGUGCCACGUGUGCCAUAAGAGCUACGGUGAAUCGGCCGCCCUGCGGCAGCACAUGCUCGCCCACACCGGGGAAAAGCCGUACAAGUGUGAUAUCUGCUCGAAAUCGUUCUACAACGCCAGCACGCUGAAGACGCACCAGCGUAUCCAUAGCGACCAAAAUCCGUACCGGUGCGGCACGUGCACGAAGAUGUUCGACAAUGCGCGCAGCCUCGAGCUGCACCAUCGCACGCAUACGGGCGAAAAGCCGUACGCGUGCGACGUGUGUCUGAAGAAGUUUUCCUGCUCGUCCAAUCUGAAGCGCCACCGGAAGCUGCACGAUCGCGACUAAAAGGAAAAGCGGAUGAUCGAACAUGAUUGCGUGUCGUUUGCGCAACGCAAAAGCACGUAAACAUUCAAGCGAACCGGCCUGGUCGAAAGCGCAUAGAAUUACGAGCUUAAUAUGAACGUGUGUGUGUGCGUGUGUGUACAAGAGCAUUACUUCCGGCCGGUUUGUUAGCGGCCGGAAUGUACAUAUUUUUGUUUUUAAUUUUUAGGGUGCAAUCGCACCCCUUGGUGCUUCCGGUGCAGAGAAUCUCAGCAUAAAACACAACAUUGACUGUGCAUUUAUAUUUACAAAAAGAGGAAAAUAACAAAACUUAAACACACACACACACACGCACCCAUAACCGAAAUAACUCCCCAAACCUAUAUCCCCUUACCCUCCCUAAUGUGCACUAAUGAGAGAACGACUUGAUUUCUCGAAUUUGUUAAAAAAAUCCCUGUUAACAUUGUUGUUGUGUUGUGAAACGUUCGCCUUUUAUAGAAGUGUCCGUCGAGAGGCAGAAGAUGCUCGUUUUGCCGUCCCCUUUUCACGGGACGGCUGUCCUAUUUUUUGUGUGCUUAAAUGUACAUAACCAAAGCAAAUCCCUUUCCUAUAAAAGCAAAAGCUCGUCCCGAAAAAAAAACAAACUCGAAGUGAAGUCAGCAAGCGAAAAAUGCAAAAGAUAAAUCUUCAGCUAGUAAAAUACGCCAAAACGAAAGGAAAAACAACGACGCGAAACAUAUUACAAAAAAAAACAAGCGAAAAUCAAAACCCAAAUUUCUAGGUAGAUAUAUGAUAUACUGUUGCUAAGGCAAGUUGUUAAAAUUGAAACCAAAACCCCUGUUAUCGAACGAAACCGCGAAACGGAGAAGAAGAUGUUAAGCCGAGCUUGAUUUUUACCUAUAUAUAUUGCCUACACUGUAGGAGGGGAGGGAGAAGCAUAACGCUACAGCCAAUGAAACUAGUUACUAACAACGUGAUAAUAGUUCCUGUGCAGCCAAAAACAUACAAAUAGCGAAACACGAAACAAAAUCAAAUGAUUAAGUGCCGGCACUAGCAAGCAAAACGAUAGGGAACGAUAGAGGUGGCCGAAGCGUUUCUUGGUAUUUUGAGCUUUUAUGUUCGUUCGUUUGUGAGUAGGCUUAUUAGAUGUUUCUUUUUUUAGUGCUUAAAACAUGUAAAACUGUUUCGUUUGCUGUUUCCUAUAGCCAUUUACGUAUACAAACAUACCAAAAGCCAUCCAUCGUAUCCGACCAGUGGAUCGAUCGCAUUUUCUAACGGCCAUUUAAGCAAGCAAGAGCAUCAUCAAUCGUUGUUGUUGCUGUAGUAGGAUCUGAGCAAGAAGCAAGAGAAUAGCUCCAGUUAGAAGCUAGGUGCAGCUAAACUAUUGUUCUAGUCAAUUUGCCGAAUCCCGAAAGCGCGCGGAUUUUGGGCAGCGAAAACCAAAAGAACUGGUGUGAAGCAAGCAAUUUGGGUGCAACCCGACGAAGCGAGAGUGCGCGAGGAGGUAGCGGAUGAAAGAUCUUUGCGAAGCAGCUUAACGUUUUAUUAAUUGUGAUUUUUAUGUUAUUAUUUAAUCUCUUUUAAAAACACUAUCGAUCCCAGAUCCCGAUCAUCAGUGUCCGGACACCGAUAUCAUGCUGGUCCUGUGUAAAAAUGAGCAAACGGAUGAAAGCGGGAGAGUAACGAUCAUUGCACGAUCUGUUUGCACUGUGCUAGCGUAAUUUGAACGGGCGCUUCUUUAAUAAAAACGAAAUCGAUGGAAUGAAACUGAAGAA